AUGCUUGUAGCGCAUGCAGUGAAAGUGAGGGCGAUAUGUUUUUCGGCAGCGUCGGAUCGCCUGUUGACUGGUUCGGACGACAAAAUCGUCAAACUUUAUAUGAUUGGAACCGACAAGGCGCAGUUGGUGAGAAGUUUCUGUGGCCAUCGAAGCUGUGUCACAACAGUCAGGUUUCAUCCAUACGAUAUUCAGAUCUUUGCAAGUUCGUCAAAUGACGGCUCGAUCAUCUUGUGGAAUGUUGCGCACGAUCGGCCAGUUCAUGUCUUUCAAGAAGCGCAUGAAGGAGUGGAACUUGAAAGCAGCAGUACGGGUCUCGAGCAAGGCUAUAAUGCAACGAUUGCUAGCCGUGAUUACUCAUCCACUUUUAAUGGUUUCGGAACGACAAAAGAUGAUGAGGAAGACGAGCUACUUGCACGAGCCAGGAGGGAUUUGGAGGGAAUCAGUGAUGAGGAAGGUGUCGUUUUGUAA